AUGACUUUCUGCCUGGUGGCUAAAGGAUUUCUGUUGAGUAGAGGGUCCACAAAGUCCUUUUGCCGGGAGCCGGUGCCAGAGGAUAUUGCUUUUCCAGUUGGAUUUGCUUGGGGUGCAGCUACAGCAGCAUAUCAAAUUGAAGAAGGCUGGAAUGCAGAUGGAAAGGGCCCUAAUGUCUGGGACACAUUCACCCAUCAGGGAGGAGAUCGAGUUUUCAAGAACCAGACUGGUGAUGUAGCUUGUGGCAGCUACACUCUGUGGGAGGAAGAUUUGAAAUGUAUCAAACAGCUUGGAUUGACUCAUUAUCGCUUUUCUCUUUCCUGGUCACGUCUGUUACCUGAUGGGACGACAGGUUUCAUCAACCAGAAAGGAGUCAAUUAUUACAGCAAAAUCAUUAAUAACCUGGGAAAUGGCAUCUGCUCACUGUAUCACUUUGGCUCACCUCAGUCCUUAGAAGAUGAAGGUGUCUGGAGAUCUGAAAAGAUCGUUGAGACCUUUGAUAUUCAUGCAAAGUUUUGCUUCAGAACAUUUGGAGACUGAGUGAUCGCUAUUAAUGAGCCUUAUGUUGUUGCUGUAGGUGGUUGUGAAAAAGGUAUAGCCCCAGUUGGUACCAGAGCUUACAAGGCAACUUAUAAUGUGAUAAAAGCUCCUAUUGGUAGAACCUCUACGAAUUCUGUAGCAGAUCAAAAAGCAACUAAAGGGUACCUAUCCUUUACCUUAGAUGGGUUUGUUGGGACAGUAUUUACUGAUGGUGAAUAUCCAGCCAUCAUGAAAUCCUGGAUUUCUGCAAUGCAUUCAAAGCAGGGUUACUUAUCAUCACGGCUUCUGGAAUUCACUAAAUAGGAAAAUGUGAUCAUGGGUAUUGCUGACUUCUUUGCCCUGAACUCAGUAAGGCUUUCCUGGCAUGCAUCUGCUCCUGGCAAUGGGACGUGUGGUGACUGCCAGUACCAAGGGGAUACAUAUAAUAACCCUAUAAUUUACAUCACUGAGAAUGGGUUUUCCCAAAGUGACCCUGCUCUACUUGAUGACAGUCAACGAUGGGAGUAUUUCAGGCUGAUUUUACAGGAAAUUUUAAAG